GUGUGUACCGUAUACCAUACAUAAACCUGUUUUGCCUCGAGGCGCGCGAGCUGUCCGCGCAAGGCAAACGCCGACGCGGCAGACAUUUAUCGUCCCUUCUCUAUAGCGCGAUCACCGAGAACCGGUGCCGCCGAGGCAUAGAAUAGCCUGCAGGGCAUAAACCUCUUUUUCCAGCUCCUCAGGGAGCGCCGCGUCGACGCGCGCGUCAAUAACGUAUCAUGGGCUCCGGCCCCAACGGCUGCUUCACGCCGCGGACGUACCAGCACGUCAACCUCGGCGUCGCGGGCAUCGUCCUCUACCCGAUCGCCCUGCUCUGGUCGUUCGUGGGCACGCAGUACAUCGCUGACGAGUAUUUUAGCGUCGCGCUCGACGGUAUUGUCGAGCUGUACCACAUAGAUCCGGACGGUUUCGCGCAGCGUCGAAAUGGGGCCUUCAGUCGCGGACUCAUCACUGCGUCUGCAUCGCGUACCUGAUGGUCGCUUGGUUGGAAACGAGCGCGUGCGUCCUCGGCGUGCCGACGAUCUCCCUCUCGCUGUUGCUGGCGGCAAGCGGUACCUCGUUGCCGAAUUGCCUCGUGGCGAUGUACGUCGCCAAGAAGGGCCGGGGCACGACGGCCGUCUCCACCGUCUUCGGCUCGAACAUCUUCGACAUCCUCAUCGCGCUCGCUUUACCGUGGGCCAUCUACUCGUCGAUCUUCGGCCCGAUCACGGUCUUCGAGUCAUUAGGCUUCGGCACGGCCUACGCCCUCACGACGAUCAUGAUCGCGACGUUCGCUUUGUUCGUGAUCCUCUCGGCCACGAACGCCUGGGUCGUGACGCACCCGCACGCGUGGAUCUACCUCGCGAUCUAUGCCGCCUUCGUCGUAUACGUCAUUCUCGACGCGAUCCCGGGCAUCGUCCCGGGGCCGGCGUCGCGCUGAGCGGCAUCCGUCCUCCCCCCACACGUCCCCGCCGCCGCGCUAGUAACUAUCCCCCGUCUAUUA